AUGGCUUCCGUCGAGGACAAGAUUGAGCCCAUCGCCGUCGUGGGCUUGUCAUGCCGCUUCCCCGGCGAUGCAUCCAAUCCUUCGGGGCUGUGGGACAUGAUGAGCGAGUCUCGCAACGGCCACUCCAAGAUUCCAGCGGAUCGCUUCAAUGCCGACACCUGGUAUCACCCAAGCCAUGACAGGAGAGGCGCUGUCAAUGUCAAGCACGGCUUCUUCCUGAAGGAGGAUGUGUCUUUAUUCGAUGCUCCGUUCUUCUCUAUCACGGCAAAAGAAGCCAGCGGAAUGGAUCCGAUGCAGCGUUGUUUGCUUGAAGUAUCGUAUGAGACCUUCGAGAACGCUGGUGUCCCCGUCGAUCAGCUCAUUGGCAGCAAAACCUCGGUUUUCUGUGGCUGCUUUACAGGUGAUUAUGAUCUGCUGUCCAACCAUGACAUUUUUGAUCAUGCACCAAAUGCCGCCACUGGUACUGGGAGAGCUAUGCUGUCGAAUCGCGUCUCCUGGUUCUUCGAUCUGCGUGGCGCGUCUUUCACUGUCGACACUGCAUGCUCGUCCAGUCUCUAUGCUCUUCAUUCGGCUUGUCAGUCACUUCGGCUGGGCGAAUCAUCCCAGGCCUUGGUCACCGGCUCCAACUUGGCUCUAUAUCCCAGCAUGAUGCAUUCCCUUACCAACAUGCAUUUCCUGAGUCCUGAUGGUAAAUGCCACUCCUUUGACGAUCGUGCCAAUGGCUAUGCUCGUGGUGAGGCCAUUGGCGGCAUCCUGCUGAAGCCCUUGAAAGAGGCUCUCAAGGAUGGCGAUACCAUUCGAGGCGUGAUUCGAGGUUCGGGUGCCAAUCAAGAUGGCAAAACCCCCGGUAUAACACAGCCCAGCCCGGAAUCUCAGGCAGACCUCAUUCGUUUCACAUACGACCAAGCUGGUCUCAACAUGAAUGAAACUGGCUACUUCGAGGCCCAUGGCACCGGCACCGCUCUCGGAGAUCCAAUGGAGCUUUCUGCCAUUGGCCAGACCUUCGGCCGAGUACGCUCAUCCGAACAACCUCCCUUGUAUGUAGGAAGUAUCAAGACCAACAUCGGCCACACAGAAGGCUGUUCAGGUCUUGCCGGCGUCAUCAAGUCUAUCCUUUGCCUCGAGAAAGGCUUGAUCCCACCAAACUCGGGUUUCCAGAAUCUCAACCCAAAGCUUCGCCUUCAAGAAUGGAAGCUUGCCCUCCCUAUGGAGUUGACCCCGUGGCCAUCCUCUGGACUUCGUCGCAUCAGCGUCAACUCCUUUGGCUACGGUGGUGCGAACGCCCACGUCAUUAUUGAUGACGCCCAUCAUUACUUGAAGAGCAGGGGUCUGCAGGGAAAUCACACAACAGCGGUAUCUGAUGACGAUGCCUCUGAUUCUGGCGUCAGUCUUGGCGAUUGUAGCUCGCCCUCAGAAGAUGGGCAAGAGCCAUCAGGACCCGAGCAGAAGCUAUUCACCUUUUCGGCUCACGACCAGGCUGGCAUUGCCCGAAACGCAGUGGCCUUCCGAGACUUCACGCAACACAAGGCCGAUUUGGCUACCAAGGAGACUGCCGCCGAGUCUGCAGCGUAUCUGGACGAUUUAGCAUACACUCUCGCUAAUCGUCGCACCAAGUUCGACUACAGGAGCUUUGCCGUUGCUGACUCCAUGAGCUCACUCGCCGCCUCGCUGACAAAGGGUCUUCCGAAACUGAAGCGUGUGUCGAAAGAUCAGAAUGUCAUUUUCGUAUGUACCGGCCAGGGUGCGCAAUGGCCACAGAUGGGAAAGCAACUUCUGUCUAAUCCAAUCUUCCGUGCCGCAACAGCCAAAUCGCAGGCCUAUUUGGAGCAGUACGGCUGCACCUGGAACGUCUUCGAAGAACUCGCUAGAGAUGGCAUCGAGAGCAAGAUCGACUCUCCUGAAUUCAGUCAGCCCAUCUGCUCUGUGCUCCAGAUCUCCCUCAUCGAGCUUCUUAAGCACUGGGGUUUGCAGCCGAAAGCUACAGUCGGCCAUUCGAGCGGUGAGAUCGCUGCCGCCUACGCUGCCGGCUACCUCUCGCAUGAGGACGCCAUCAAGGCUGCUUACUGGCGUGGUGUCUACUCUGCAGAUGUGGCCAACAGAAUUGGUGAUCGCAAAGGUGUCAUGAUGGCCGCCGGUGUUGGCGAAGCCGAAGCCCAAGAGCUCCUCAGAGAAGUCACCAAGGGAACCGCCGUGGUGGCCUGUAUCAACAGUCCAUCCAGCGUGACCCUAUCCGGCGACGUCCCUGCUAUCGUCGAGCUUGAAGAGUUGCUAAAAGCCCGGGGCAAGUUUGCUCGUCAGCUUCGUGUCAAGACUGCCUAUCACUCGCCCCAUAUGCAAGUCAUUGCGGAUGACUACCUCAAUGCAAUGGGCGAGAUUGCUCCACUCCCUGGGAACGGAGCCAUCAUGUUCUCAUCGGUUACCGGCAAGAUCGCCUCCGCAAGUGACUUCAGCGCAUCAUACUGGGUGCAAAACAUGGUCGGCAGUGUACGUUUCAAUGAUGCUGUCUCUGGCCUAAUCAGCCACUCCCAAGGUAAGGGCCGUCGCAAGUUGCCUGUCAAAUGGAGCACCGUGGUUGAGGUCGGCCCUCACGAAGCUCUGAAAGGCCCCGUCAACCAGAUCGUGGCAGCUGUUGACAGCAAGCUUUCCUCGACCUUGGGUUACACUGCUCCUAUUCUUCGUGGCAAAGAUGCGUCGGUGACGGCGCUCGAAGCAGCAGGACAGCUCUGGGCUUCUGGUCAUGCUCUUGACCUCUCCAAGGUCAACCAACAGGACGGCCAGUUGACCAAGGCCAAAGCACUCUCUGACCUUCCUCCCUAUGCCUGGAACCAUGGUAAAUCUUUCUGGUACGAGCCUCGCAUGACCACAGCCAAGCGUUUCCGCACUCAACCACGAACGGACCUUCUGGGCGUGCCCAUCGACAACCAGAACAACCUCGAGCCGCACUGGAGGAACAUCCUACGUGUUGCUGAAAAUCCUUGGAUGGCCCACCAUGAGAUUACCGGCACGACGCUUUACCCCGGCGCUGGCAUGCUGAUCAUGGCCAUCGAAGCUGCGCGGCAACUCGCAGACCCAGAGCGCAUCCUCAAGGGCAUCGAACUGCAUGAUGUCACCUUUGGGCGUGGACUUGUGAUCCCGUCUGGUGAAGAUGCUGUCGAAACCUCGUUGAGCCUGCGACCCAACAAGACAUUCCCUGCUUGCUACGACUGGACUCUCUACUCCUUGCCCACAGGCAGCAAUGACUGGAUUGAGAACUCCUCUGGACGCGUCGGGCUUGUUUACACCGAGGGUCAAGAGGUCACGGAGACCGAGUGGCAGCAUCAAUCGGCCACUUACAAGAACAUCAAAGCUGCGUCUGACACGACCGUGAAUAUUGAGAAGUUCUACACCGACCUCGCAGGUAUCGGUAUGAACUAUGGUCCUCUUUUCCGCAAUCUCGUGGCAGCCAGCGCUGCUCCAGACACCAACCAAGCGCACGGCUCUGUCACAAUCCCCGACACCAAGUCAGUAAUGCCGCACAACUUCGAGUAUCCUCAUCUGAUCCAUCCGGCAACAUUGGACGCCAUCUUUCACCUUCUCUUCAUCGGUUUCACGGCAGGCGAACCAAUGAAAGAGGCUGCCGUUCCGGUGAAAAUGGAAAAGAUGUUCAUCGCCGCCACAUGUCCACAAGGCGCCGGUUCCAAGUACGUUGGCUACACCCAGGGUACCCUCAUCGACGGUCGGGACCUUGCUGGCGACCUUGUCCUCUCGGAUGAAGAAUGGUCUGAGCCAAAAGUUGUAAUCUCCAUUUCCGCCCGGGAAGUCUCAUCGCACGACGAGAAGGCCUCCGCUUCGGACGCUGCGAUCGAAGCUAAACGUAGCGCGAAGCCAGUGUGGAAGGAGGAUUUCAAGUUCAUGGACGCCACGAGCGUAGCUCGCUGCAUCCAGACGGAGGCACGAACGGCAUUCCCUCAGCUAUAUCAGGAGAUCAGCUCCCAGGUGGCGUUCGUGCUGGACCGUGCCUGCCACAAGGAUGCCGACUUGCGCGCUCUCUUUGUUGUGGACCAUACAUCUGCGGACCUGAGGAUGAUCCUGGAGAACUUCGCUCCCAAUGGCGACCAACGCCAGCGCUUCCACCACUGCGCCGUUGCAGCUCAGAAGACCGAAGUUCUCGACGAGCUCAAGGCUGAGCUCGGCCAGAGCGGUCUUUCCAUUGAUUACAAGGUCUUCGACCUUGCUACGCCACUCACCGAGCAAGACUUCAAGCUGGACUCCUACAAUCUCGUCGUAGCGGCCGGCGAUAACGUCACCGAGACUACGCCCGCGGUUGUUCCGCUGCUCUCCCCAGCCGGUGAACUGCUUUUCACGGGUCCCAACAGCCGAGAUACCUUCACAGGCUUCGAUGGCUGGGAGAAGACCCUUGAUUGUAACGCCCUUGAAGUCCGUUGCCGUGUGGACAGUGACAAAGCUGUUCUCGUCCUGGCCGAGAAGCAGACUCAAGCAGAGAGCAAGAGCGAGGUAGAGGAGAUUGUCCUCUUGAGACGUUCUGAUGCCAGUGAACAGCUUCUGGACGCUCUCAGGACGAUUUCCGAGGUUUUCACGGCUAGGAAGCUCGGUGUGAAGAUUGCUACACUCGAGGAGGCAGCCAGUUUCAAGGGUAAUGGCGUUAUCUCGUUCCUUGAAGCUGAGUCGCCUUUCGUCGUUGACUGGAAGAGCGAGCACCUUGAGGCGUUCAAGGAGAUCGUGGCCUCGUCGCCCUAUCUUCUCUGGAUCACCAAGGGCGGCCAAAUUGUCACGCCUGACUCGCUCAAUUUCGCCGUGGCGACGGGUAUGCUUCGCACUGUCCGCACCGAGGUGCCUCAGAUCACGCUGCCUCACCUCGACAUCUCACCUGGAGCUAGCCUUAUGGAUCAGGCCAUCAUCGAUCUCCUCGUCAAGGUCUUUGAGACUACUGUUUCUGAGUCGGAGACCCCUCCCGACAUGGAGUAUGCCGAGAGCGAUGGCAAGGUCUUGGUCUGCAGAGUCGUUGACGAUGCCGGCAUGGACCGUGAGCUUGAGCUGCAAUCAGGCAAUCCACCUCCAGAGUUGGCAGCUCUCUUCCAGCAAGGGAAGCCCGUACAACUGUCUUCAAAUGGUGAAUGGGUCAACGAUGAGACUGCUCUCACCGACCUAGCCGACACGGAGGUCGAGAUCCAAAGCUAUGCUACUGCUUUGACUUCGUCAGACCUUGUAGCUCGAGCUAAGGGACAGAUGAUGGGCCAUGACAGUGUCGGCGAAGUCAUUCGGGUUGGAUCACAGGUCACAACCCUGCAGCCUGGUCAGCAGGUUGCUCUUGUCAAGAACGGGACCUACAAGAUCCGUGUCCGACAGGACCAGAGCCUAGUGCGCCCCGUCCCCUCGCGGCUGUCACCAGUCCAGGUGGCCGGGCUGUCAACAACUUACGCAACCGCAUUGUACGCCUUGUCCAACUGUGCUCGCAUUCGGUCCUCUGACAGAAUCCUUGUUACAUCGGCACACACCAACAUGGGUGCUGCGGUAGCUCAACUGGCGUCCUCCUUCGGAGCGCAGGUCUAUGCUGUGACAGAAGACGGAACCUCAUCAAUCCUUCAGGAGCGUGGCAUCCCGGAGUCGCGCAUCAUCAAUGCCCGCACCGAUUGGGCUCCACGCCUUGCAAGAGAGUCCGGCUCCUUCGACAUCGUCAUCACUGCAGGCGAGACGGCCAAUAUCUUCCCCGUGUGCUCGCUGGUGAGCGACUUUGGCCGUAUCGUCGAUACGUCGUCCUCCGUCGUUGUCGAACAGCUCGAUUCCCGCAUCUUCAAGCGCAAUGCAUCCUUCGCGGCCGUCGAAGUCGAUCACCUGUUGCGAGCCGAGCCCUCGCUCCUCUCCGACCUCCUUACACAAGUCUUUGCCAAGCUUGAAGCCGGAACCAUCACCCCCCUGCCACAGGAGAUCUUCUCCAUUUCUCAACUCUCUGAAGCCAUCGAGAGCGCAGGAUCGAAUUCCUCUCCCUCCACAACUGUCUUGACUUUCGAUCAUGAUGCCUUGGUACCCAUGCGGCCUGCGCCACCGGCGCCCAUGGCGUUGGACCCGAGCGCGACGUAUGUCCUGUCCGGCGGCUUGGGAGGCCUCGGCGCCAACAUUGCCGAAACCAUGUUUCAAGCCGGCGCGCGGCAUCUGGUAUUCCUCUCGCGCAGCGGUGCCACGACGCCCGCGCACCUGGCGCUCUUGGCUCACUUCGAGUCUCGCGGCUGCAAGGCCGAGGCGAUCAAGUGCGACAUCACGCAAGAGUCUCAGAUGAGGCACUUGCGCGACACCGCAGCGUCGCGUGGCUGGAAGAUCAAGGGCUGUCUGCAACUGGCCAUGGUGCUGCGCGACUCGGUGCUGGAGAACAUGACAUACGACAAGUGGCAGGGUGCGACAGCAUGUAAAAUUCAGGGCACAUGGAACCUGCACGCCUACCUGCCGGCGGACCUGGACUUCUUUGUCUGUCUCUCGUCAGUUGUCAGCGUCAUUGGCAACACCGGCCAGGCCAACUACGCCGCCGGUAACAGCUACAUGGACGCACUGUGCCACGUGCGCCGCCUCCAGGGUCUCAACGCCACCAGCUUGAAUAUCGGGUUGGUCAACGACGCCACGCACUUCACGGCCGACUUCACGGUCGAGGACUUUUUGAGCUUGUACGCCCAUCUCGUGCCCGUGCAGGUCGCGGACUGGGAGGUCAACGCGGCGAUCCUGGCCGCCAUGAAGGGCUUUACGGCGCCAACCUCCGCCACGGCAACGGGUGCCAAGGUCCCCGCGCAGGUCGUAGUCGGCAUUCGAGGCGACCUGGAUCGCGAGGGCAGCGUGACGAGCCUGUGGCCGAAAGAUCGCAAGUUUGACCACCGCGCCAUCGCGGGCCAGGGUGCUGGCGGCGACGGCAAAGUCAAGUUGGCGACACUGCUUGCGGGCGCGGCGGGCGCGGUCGACGCCGCCGAGGUGGUCGAGGGCCUGUUGCGGGAGAACGUGGCGAGCUCGAUGGGCUCGAGCGCGGACAGCGUCGAUGCGGACAAGCCGCUGCACACGUUCGGCAUCGAUUCUCUCAAGGCCGUCGAGGUGCGCAACUGGCUCUUCCGUGAGGCCAAGGCCGAUGUCAGUGUGUUUGAUAUCUUGAGCCCCGUGCCCCUGAAGAAGUUGGCGGUUAUGAUUGUGGGGAAGAGUAAGUUGGUCAAGGAGGAGGUGCAGAGGCAGGCGGUGGAGGAGUUGAGGGAUUGA